AUUUGACAUUUGACUCAUGUCACAAUUGUCAGAAAAUUGAAAAUUGUGAAUUAGGUCUAUGGAUUCUUACUAUUUUGAUUUAUUAAUUUUCAAUGAUUCAAAACAACUACUACAGCAGAUAGAGGAAACCACAAUAUAACAUUGUUUAAUCGGCGAACCACACAAAAAACCGUAUCCUUUAUUAAAUAUGCUGUCAGGAUAGAAGAGAAAAUAAUCUUGAAAAUAAUCUUCUGGUGGUAAGUUGAGUAGGAAUAAUGUCCCAGAGAAUAUUGACCCACAUGGCUCAGUGGGUUCAUCCCAAAGAUGAUGAAACCAAUGUGACAAUAGCUACAUUCCACCUGAUCACUAUUACAUUAAUCAGCAUGUCCCUAGUUGACUUAACAUGGUUCACCAUUUCUGGAGAUGUCUGUGUUCCUUACCUCACUUUAGGACAAUUUUUCUGGUUUGGAUUAUCACAUAACAAUGACAUUGACUAUACUAAUUAUGAUUGUAUUAGUGCUGAAAUUGUUAAUAUGAUGAGAAUCAUGAUCUUGUUCUGCUUCAUGACAAUUAUAUUUGCACUUAUUGGAUUUUUUCUUGAAAUAUGUGGUCCAAGGAAUAUUGUUUAUCAAUCUCUGAGGAAAUAUGCUGUAAUGGGAACUUGUACAGUAAUUUUCAUCCUGACAAUCAUUGGAUUUUCCUAUUACACAAUAAUUUUGUUAGAAGAGUCUCUGAACAAGUAUUAUCCAAAAUAUGAAACCAGUGUCAGUUAUGGGAUUGGCUUUUAUCUAUUGGGAGCAUCAGGUGUUUUCACUUCCUGUGGCAUAGUUUACAGUCUCAUUAUUUCAUACUACAAUUCUCCUUAUUUGAGAGAUGAUGACAGAUGUAUUUUGGAUGCCUUUGAUGAUGGCCUGGAUACUUUCUAUAGUCCUACACCUCCACCCCCUUAUUCCAUACUUCCCCCUCCUUAUACGCCUUGAUUGGACAGAACAAAGAAUAUCAUGUGUUGAAAACCAAAGUUUAUUAAGAAUAGUUAUAGUGCCCUGCUAUCUUCCAAGGUCAUAGCCAUCAUUAAACUGUUGUAAAACAACAGGUAAAAUUAACAAGUUCAGAUGCAAUGAUGAUUAUUAUCUGUUGAAAUCAUAUCUUUUUACUUUUUUUCAUUACUUAUUCCUGGCGAGAAAACAGCAGAAAAUACCAUUAGAAAAUUUCUCAAUGAUCCAAGAAAAAUUCCUAUAGUACAGGAAUAGAUAAAGAAUAUUCAGGUUGAUCGGGCUCUAAUUAUAUUUCAUUGUUGUAAAGUUUACAAAAUAGUUUGGGUUACAUGAAACAUCAUGUUUAUCAGACUGAAUCUGUUUCAGUCCACAAUUAUUCAAAUUAUGUAACCCUUGUGUUCUAUAGAAUUCUUUUCAAUACACAAAAUACUAUUGACCAAUUGAUCAUGUAAUUUAUUAUGAGGUGUAUUUUUUUUAAAUUGACAAUGUCAACAUGAGGCUGCUUUCACAUGCAUGCGUUUUCACGGAUCCGUUGGAUCAUGUGAUGAAUAUUGACCAAUAGAAAUCGACUCGGAUGAAUCAGCAAUCGCAACAUACCCAGUCGGCUCAACAUCAAGUUUCCUCUAUUUAAUUUGUCCGUGAUGAGAAGAAAGCUAG